AUCGUCUUGGGAUUGUUGUUAUUGAGUGUUGAUGGCCGUGCGACGAGCGUGUACUUGACACUUGUAAUUUGAGGAGAACAGCCGUGGACACGCACAAUUCGACGAUGCUUCGAAUCUUGUGAAAAGAGAAAGAGAAGGCGGAAGAAUAGUGACUCUUAUGACAGAAGAAACAGAUGAUCUGAAAUGACUUCAUUAAGAAUAAGAUCUUUUUUCCUGGGCAUAAUUGCAGCAUCAGUCACAUGGGCUGUAGUCAUCUACCUGUAUUGUUCACUGAUAGAGGAUGUUGGAAAUGAUCCUGCUCACAAAGAUCCUGCACAAAGAAAUUAUGGAAAAUACUCUAAAUUAAAACAAGUAAGAGAAAACUUUUUUGUAUUAUCUAAAAGUAGAGGAGAUGAUAACGAUAUCAAAACAUUUGAUAUAGAAACCAAUAAUGUUAAUAGUGAGAAAAGGUUAAAAAGUAACUUGAAAAAACACUUCAUCAAGAACAUGAAGGAAGAAACUCAGGACAUGGGAGGAAGAGAUGGAGUACUGGUGUCAAGUGAUACCCCUCUUGAGGAGCUGGGGCUUGUGAAGACACACAGGGAUCAAGAGGAAAAAGAACAAGGAUAUAGGCUACAUGCAUUCAACUCACUAAUAUCCUCACGCCUUUCACCACACCGCUCAGUGCCAGACACCAGAAAUAAGAGGUGCAAGGAUAUUGUGUAUCCGGAUCAGUUACCAAUGGCAUCCAUUGUCAUCUGUUUCUUUCGUGAAGAACAUGCUGCUCUCCUACGUAGUGUUCAUUCCAUUCUGGAUCGCACACCUUCCCAAUUCCUGCAGGAAAUCAUCCUCGUGGAUGAUACAGAUGAAGAGAGCUAUCAUGAAGAAGUAGAACACGAAAUGAGAAACUUGAGUGAAAAAAUCCGCAUCUUGAAGACUACUCAGCGGGAAGGUCUUAUUCGAGCUCGGGUGUUUGGGGCUCGUCACGCUGUGGGGCAGGUGCUGGUGUUUCUGGAUAGUCACAUAGAGGUGAAUGUUGGAUGGAUUGAGCCCUUGCUAGCUCGAAUAGCAGAAGACACUCACCAUGUGGUCACCCCAAUCAUUGAUGUCAUCUCUCCAGACACUUUCCAGUACAGUCCAUCUCCUUUGGUGCGGGGAGGCUUCAACUGGGGGCUGCACUUUAAAUGGGACACCAUCCCUCCGUCAUAUUUUGCUGAUAAGAGAAACUACGUCAAACCUAUCAAGUCCCCCACCAUGGCAGGAGGUCUCUUUGCCAUGGAUCGCAUUUAUUUCAAGGAGCUAGGAGAGUAUGACACAGGAAUGGAUGUAUGGGGUGGAGAAAAUCUGGAGAUGUCAUUCAGAAUAUGGAUGUGUGGAGGAAAGCUGGAGAUCAUCCCAUGCUCUCGGGUGGGGCACAUCUUCAGACGGCGGCGGCCAUAUGGAUCAGGCAGUGGACAAGACUCCCUUCUUCAUAACUCUCUCCGUGUUGCUCAUGUCUGGAUGGAUGAAUUCAAGGAAAGUUUCCUCAAGUCACGUCCAUAUGCAGAAAAAAUGAAUUAUGGUGAUAUAUCAGAAAGAGUAAAACUUAGAGAGGAGCUGCAGUGCAAACCUUUCUCUUGGUACCUCAACACUGUAUACCCUGAGCUGGGGUUGCCUGAUGCUGGAGGCAAGGCAGGUGGUGUCGGGGAGCAGGCUGCAUUGGGUGUCCGACAGUUUCAACCAUGGAAUAAAAGAACAAGGAAUUAUACCCACAAAUGGCAGAUUCGAUUAACAGGAACUGACUUCUGUGUAGAAUCUGAAGAGCAUCCUUCUAAAAAAGGUUCAAGAUUAGUUCUUGCUGAAUGCUCAGAGUGGGAGCGUCAGAUUUUUCAGCAAACUGACCGUAAUGAACUAGUUCUGGCCCAGCUGUUGUGUCUGGAGGCCACAGACCACUUUCCACUUAACAAGAAGUGUCAUGAAAUGGGAGGGGCACAGGAAUGGAAAGUAAAAAAUCAGAUGGGAGUUCCUCUUUACAACUUGGCCACUGGGUUGUGUGUCGCUGCAGAGGAAGUGCGGUCAGGUGCAUCCAUCAUUAUGAACAUGUGCUCAACACCCAAGUUAACAAACUGGGAUCUAGUAGAUGUUGCUUGAGGUAAGAAAAGGUACUAAGAAUGUUACAAUUGCUGUUGUAAACUUAAUUAUGGAUACAAUAGGUUUCUGUGAUCUGUUAUUAAACUAAAAUAUUUGUAUUGUAGAGAGCAAUGUAAAUGUUUUAUAAAGCACAGCCCUACCUAAUAAUAAUCUACAUUUCUGCAAGUCACAAACAGUAUUUUGAUCUUUAGAAAUAACAAUAAAAAACACUACUAACAGUCAUCAACUUUGUUCAUAGUUUAUCAUACAUCAUAACUUAAAAUUCAUAAGCAGAGGAGCUCCUGUAAUUCCAAUUUUCAAUAGAUUUACAGCAGCAUUUAAAUUUUGUGAAUCAUCAGACAGUUAUGACAGUGAUAUUUGUGAAAACUUAAAACAAAGCACCUGUAAAAUCUCAGCACACAAGAUGAAUGUGGAAAUUCAUGUCAAGGUACUCCAGUAGGUCACAACAGUGAUUUAGAAUAUUCUAUAUGUACUGUACCAGAACUUCUCUUUGUGUAUUUCCAUGAAUGGGUUGCAAAAAACACCAUGCUUCAUAUACUCAGUGUUGUUCAGUUAUACAUCUUAUAUCUACCUUAUUAAUGCUGCAUUUUUUCUGAUAAUGGUAAUCAUAUCAUGCAUUCCAUAAUCUGUAGAUGUGUUUAUCCACAUCUGAUUUCUUGCUUUAAUUUGAAUUAUUGUUAAGAUUAUUUUUUCACUGAAUCAUGAUGUUCCUUCAUAUGGGCUCAUCAGGGGUGGAAGGGUUGUGGGUAAGUCAUAAAUAGAAAUAGUGUAGAUAAAUAGAAAAACAAUAACAAAGGAUGAAGGUUUGGGAGCAACAAUGCUUACCUUGUUCUGCAGGGUAAGGAUUGCUUCACUUGAGGUUGUGAUAUUUAGUAACAGUCCUGUAAUUUAACAAUCUCUUAUUAGGUGUUGAAUGAAUUCUUAAGUAUUGGAGAGGAAAAUCUUCAAAGUAACAUCACACAAGUCAAUGCAUAUUACAGUGAUGGUAAAAAUAGUUUACUAUGACAAUAUGGAAUCAUUAUGAUGCACAAUUACUUCAAAUAGUUAUGUAACAUUCACUUUCUUAUAAAUGCUUCAUACCAUCAGUUUCAUCAAUUAAAAAGUGCAUUGAUGCAUUAGGAAAGAUACAUAUAGCACAAAACCAUACUGCACUGCUCACAGUAUUAUUUACAGUAUGUAUAGUCAUACCAUAUUUUUUUUAUUAUAUGUAUUUAUUGAUUUUUUACUUUGUUGUACUUUGGCUUGUAAGAAAAACUUUUGUAGAUGAGCAAUUUAUAAGGCAAGCAUAAAUACUGAAAAAAAUUUGCUUGGAUAGUGUAACUUGGAAAGUUAAUCAAGAUCUGAUGCUUCAUCUGUCCCAUUUUUGGUACAUUGUCCCCUACAGUAGCCGUCCUUCCUCUUGUGUCUACCAGUGUUAUAAUAUAUGCACUUGUACUGUGCUCUCCUACAUUAUUUUGUGACUUUUUUUUACAGUGUAGUGAUUUUACAUUGCUAAAACUAUGGGCUGCAUCAUGACUUUAAAGGAAGGUGCCAAGAUGAUCAUAGUGAGACAAAAAGGGACGUUAUUGGGAAGCAUGGAUAAGGCAUCUACAUAUCAUUAUUUGUUGAUUUUCAAUUUGGAACAGUAAUUUGUAUUUAUAAUAGCAUUGAAAAUGACUCGCAUGAAUACUUCUCGGGAGAUGGAACAGAUCACAUGUGGUCUCAUUAAUUCUUAUGGACAGAAUUGAUUUGGGUUAUGAUUACACUGGACUAUAGCCCCUUACCAGGAAUGAAUUAUGCUUACCAUCCAAGGUACUGCUGUAUAUGGAAUGGAGACCAAUUAACACUAAAAUGGUAGCAAAUAAUAUACUAGGGAGGGAGAAACUUCUCCCUCUUGUGUAGACUGCUGUGAUAUGAAUACUAUUUACCUUUAUAAAUAUAUUGUGGUGGUGAUUUGUGCCAGGGAGAAACAUAUGGAUUGCCAUUUAUUUAAUAAGGAGGCAGCUUUACAAUAUAUAACUAUCACUCUCUGCAUAUAGCCCUUGAACAGGAUCUUUUACAUGUCAUUCACUGCAUCUUGAUUUUUUUUUGCUUUCACUUAAUUUUACAAGGCAAACUGCUUUGACCACUACACAGUGCUUGAAAACUCAUAUUCAGCAGUGAAUGGAUUUAGUGGGGAGGAAACCUAUUAAUAUUUGACAUUUGAGGAUUAUGGAAAGAAUUGAUGUGUUAAUAAAUAAAAAAAAAAUUAUAUUUCUCUUGCGUGUGAUAAUUUAUGGACCAGAGAUUAUUUGUUCCUUUAAUUUUUCUGAUCCUCACAUCCUCGUAUAGUGUCCCACAAAAGGACGAUCAUGGCAGCAUUGUCUCAUUCUGUCCCAUAAAAUUUCCUGCAUGUUCAAACAUUUAUUUUCUUCUAACUAACUCCUUUGCACAUAAUGUACUCCAUUGCUGUAUCCUUUCAUCUUCCAGGGGCCUUCCUUUCCCAUCAGGACCAGUUUAACUCACAUACACUUCAUACUCUUGCUUCAUUAACCUUGUUCUUCAUACCACAUCAUUGUGUAUCUGGCCUCAUGUCAAGGAACAAAAGUAGCUUACAUUUUGAAAUACAACAAAUGUCUUUCUUAUGUUUAUAAGUACUUACUAUGAAAAUAAAUAUUUCUAUAUGU